CACAUAAGCUCCAGAGAGAGAGGAGAGACAGACUUGGACUACGAUCAUCUCUUUUCUUUUUCUCUGAUUUGUUGAAACACAAUAUAUUAUUCUGAAUUUGCUGCAGCCCUCAAGCAAAGACAACUGACUGACAGUUUAAAAUCUGAGAAUGAACUGUACAAGAGUUCUCCAUGCCUUUGGUAGUCACCCCAAGCCCGCUGUGAUGCCGGUCGACCUCGCUGCGUGUCUGAGCCUCAGUCAGCGCCAGCCUCUUUACCAGCUGCUUUCCAUGUCCCCUCUGAAACCGGCAAAGCGUCCCUGUCAGCCGACCGACAGCCUGCCGAAGACCAGCCGUCAAUCCCCAUAUCUCUCCCCUUUUUCUUCAUCCUCCUUGCUGCUCUCCUCACCUGUGCCCUCAGAGCCUCGGAGCUGUUUCCGCAGAGACAGCGGCACUGUGAACAAAAAGCGUGUAGUGUUUGCAGACACGAAGGGAUUGGCGCUCACUGCUGUGCGGCUAUUCAUCCCUGAACCCUCCUCUACCACUCCUGCUCUGCUGAUGAAACCCUCGCCGGCCAAACUGCAAGGCCAACAGUCAACCCCAAACAACCUGCGGCGCUACAAGUUGAGGCUGGCCUUCCCUCAGCCGACACUGGACUUUAAAGCCUUCCUUGCACGUCUGAGAGAGAUGCGUGUACAACUGGAAAGCUGCAACAUUUCAGAACGCUCUCUGAGUGGCAAAGUGUGUGUCUCCCAUGUCAGUACUGAGAAAGCUGUGCAUAUAAGGGUGACCUUUGACUCUUGGAGGAGCCAUCAUGACAUUCCCUGCACGUUCCUGCAGCAGCUGCGCUGUGGGGGUUCUGAUAUGGGUGUUUUUGCCUUCGACUUAAGCUUACCCCAGAACAUCGAUCCAAAGGAGCGGAUCGAGUUUUGUGUGUCUUUCAGGCCGGGACCUGGUGUGACACCACAUUGGGAUGACAACAGAGGGAAGAAUUACAGGGUGUGCAUGGAAAAAGAUGCAUCAAAUGCUAACCAAAGCGAUGCUAACCACUUCUACCCGACACUAUCAAAACAUCAGCCACCAUCUUGGCCUUCGCACGUGUCCCUCAGUAUGCAGAACUCUGCUGACCUGCAGUAUCUUCAAAAGAGUUUAUCAAGGAGAGUCAGGGCAGAGUGGAAAACUUUGUGUCCAGCCAAGUGAAAUUAGCCCAUAUGUUCUCAACAGAGCUAUGAGGAUAUGUAAAUAAUGUGAAUAUAUUAAUUAACUAAUAUUUAAAAGAGAGUGACUGCUUUUAGAGAUGUUUGAUCUUUCUCAAUUCCCAGUGUUAGAUGGUCUAUAGCCUACUGUUUAAAAAGCAGCCCAACCACCCUGCUGAAAUGUGAACAGCACAUACGUCAUUUUUGUUCUGAUUAAAUCCAUUGUUUUUUAAAAGCUU